AUGGUUCUUUGGCUUUGGCCUCUCCUGCUUCUCCUGAGGGCGGAGGAUGGGAGGGCUCAAGAUGUAGCGUUCAAGGCCUGUAAACUACAAGGCUCCAAGGAAAAAGUGCUGGAAGUGCUGCCAGGGGGUGGCUGGGACAACUUACGCAAUGUGGACAUGGGAAUGGUGAUGAGUCUGAAUUACUCCCAGUGCCGGACCACAGAAGAUGGUGAAUACCUCAUUCCCAAUGAUGUUCAUGUGGUGCCGCUCAAGAAGAGCAAAGUGGAAAUUCACUCAGAGCUCAUUGAGGACUGGCUGAGCUACACAGAUGCCUUCGCUACAUCCAUCAAUGCAGAGGCUUCCUUCCUUUCUGUGCUGAAUGGCAAGUUCUCAGUCAGCUCUCAGGAGACUAAGAUGCACAAUGUCUAUGAUGAGACGGUCACCACACGGGUGCAAGUGCGAUAUCACAUCUAUUCUGUGAAAUCCCAGCCCUCUUUCACCUUGGACAAGGAUUUCCGUCAUCAGCUACUAACCAUCGGCAACCAACUUGAGAACAACCAGAGCCGAAUUGCUGAAUAUCUUGCAGAGAUGCUGGUUCUUAACUAUGGCACCCAUGUGCUUACAAAUGUAGAGGCUGGAGCCAGCCUAAUCCAGGAGGACCAGGUGAAGCGCAGUUUUGUGUUGGACAAGGAGUCUGAGAAAGCAGGUAUCACUGCCUCAGCCUCUGCCACCUUUUUCAACAAGGUGAAUGUAGGAAUCAAUUUUUCCACACAGGUCUCAGAUGAUCUGACAAAAGGUUACCUGGAUAACACUGUGGACUCCACACUUGAGAGCUGGGGCAGUGUGCCUUUCUACCCUGGCAUCACCCUCCAGAAGUGGCAAGAAGGCAUCCCUAAUGGCUUAGUGGCCAUAGGCAAGUCUGGGUUGCCUCUGCCAUUUUUCAUCACAGCCGAGGCCUUGCCAGAACUACCAGAACCUACAGUUACACGAGUCGCGGCUAUGGUUGAAAACGCUAUCCGCCUCUACUAUGCUGUGAAUACCCACCCAGGCUGUGUCAAGCCUGAUUCUAGCAACUUCAACUUCCAAGCCAACGUAGAUGAUGGGUCAUGUCAAAGCUCCAACACUAACUUCACCUUUGGUGGCGUCUUCCAGGAGUGUCAUGGUGUAUCUGGACAGGACACACAGGAGCUCUGCCAUUCAUACCAGAUCCAGAACCCACUGACUGGGGGCUACUCCUGCCCAACUAACUUUACUGCCGUCUUGCUGCAUGGAGAGCAACGCACCACUAGCAAACCCAAGACAGAGUGCCAUGAGCAGUGCCAUUCCUGCUGGCUUGUAUUUUCCUGCUGCAGCAGAGUGUGUGGCAUCCGCUACUACCCCACUACAGUGAAGUUCAAUGCCUAUUGGUGUGCCGCUACAAGCUCAGUGCCUCAGAAUUCAGGAUUCCUUUUUGGAGGACUAUAUAGCAGUGGGAAUGAAAACCCCAUUACCAGCAACUAUGCUUGCCCAGCUUACUUCUUCCCACUGGUACUUUUUGAUAACCUAAAGGUGUGUGUCAGCAGUGACUAUGAGAUGGGAACCCGCUUUGCAGUGCCCUUUGGUGGCUUCUUUAGCUGUGAAUCUGGUAACCCUUUGGCCGGGUUACUGAAGGGACAGAGUCCUGGGAUCCUCCAGGACUUUUUCUACCAGGACUCCUCCACGCAAUAUCCCAUGAAAUGCCCAGCUGGACAUAGUCAACAUAAGGCCUACAUGAGUGACGGUUGUGAAAUCCUCUACUGCUUACAGGCUGGGACACUCUUUGCUCAGCAAUUAGCCCCUGUCAGACUACCACCUUUCUUGCGCUCACCGUCCUCAGGUAGCAAUCUUCCUGAAACCAUCCUAGUGCGCACCGAGGGUAGCCUGGCCUGGGUGAAAAUGCGCCAGAGUGGGAUUUGGCGGUUGGCCAAUGCCACAGAUGAGAAGCAGAUGGCUUUUCUUUUACAGGGUGAGAAAAGCUCAAGACCAUCAGCAGGUGCCAUUGCCGGAAUUUCAGUGGCAGUGAUUGCUGUCUUGGCAAUGACCAUUGCUUUAGUUUACAGAAUUCGUCGGUACAAGACCAGAGGUUACCAGGAGGUGUCAAAUGAACAUCUAGUGGAGGAUCAAGGGAACUAUGGAACAACAACUCCAGAACUCAGUGCUGCCUGAGACACCUUCUAACCAGUACCCUGGACCUAAAAUGCAUAAAUUCAGAGAAGGAGGGAGUCAAGUCCAGGAAGUGAGAGAGCAGAGUAAUAAUUGAAAGUUUGUGGGGAGGGGUGGGCAAACAAACUCUGAAAUUUCUAAUUGUCAAAAUGUGGAUAUAUACAAUGAUUUUUGGCCAGGAUGAUAACCAACUCUGUUUAAAAAUGGGUUAAUGUUUAAUUGAGUAAAUGUAACUGAAAUUAGAAAUGAAUGAGGAACUGAAACCAAAGAAUCAACAGCUACUAUGAGUGUAGGCUAGGCUUAUAUAGGGGUGAAGGGAAAGCAACACCAGAUCAAAACAGUAAGGGUUGUGUUUAUUUGUCUGUUUUAAACAGUUGGGUGAAGGGAAUAAAUUGAUUAUGGGAGGUGGGAAGGGAAGAAGAUAAAACAAUAGUAAUUGAUGUUUACUUUCAAGGCAGAGCAGCCCUUGUAACAAACAGCAUGUCUAGAGUUAAUGACUUUUGUCUCUAUGUUUGGACAUUCUUUCCUUUCAUAUGUACUUUGACCUUGAUCAGCUCAUACUUGAUACUGUAAAAAAGUGGACAAAUCCCAGAACUUAGCAUAAAAAUAUUCCUUUCUACAGCCACUCAAAGUGCCUUUUUUCAGAACUUAAUAAACUGUGACAUAAAGAUUUAUUUUAAAAGGA